AUUCAGUUAUUCAGAAAAAGUUUUUACAGUUCACGAUGUUCCUGAAAAUCUCGUCAUUCAAGGAAAUGGUAACUUCCGCAUAACAUUUUAUGGGAACAUGUUUAAUCUCUGUAGCUACGUAUAAAUAAUAUUAGUAGGUACCUAGGUAGAGUUCGCCUGUGGUUGGUGGCAUUCGUAAAUCUGUGACGCGAGUAGUUGAUCGGGUCGACGAAUAGCGCGGGAGUCAGCGCGGCACACCGCGGACGUCGCAGGACAGCGCUCGGCCGCACUCUGUCCACCCGACGCGGAUGCUACACGCGCCACUCGCGGACUCCAACAAUUAUUUUUUAUUGGAAUACGUGUCUUCAACAAUAACAUGAGUUAGCAACGGCAACAUGUCUGUCUGUGGUCAGAGUGGUCAACCAGAGGAAGAUAGUGCUUCAGAGGAGGUAGCCGCAACCGCGACUCGGGACAGUUACAAGCAGAAGCCAGCCAGCAAGCUAGUGCGCGUGCUGACGGUGCUGGCGUACCUGCUGUCGGUGUCUCUGGCUGCUAUCCUGCUGUCUGUGUACUACGUGGUGGUGUGGCGGGCGCCGGAGUCUGCCGGCGAGGUGGGCGAGGUGAGCGCGCGCCGCACCGGCCCCAACACCACCUUCCACCACCACCACCAUCACUAUCAGCCAGUGCAUCACGCAGUACCAACUGCAUACACUGCUGCAGUCGGCAUCAGGAGGUGUCAAGCGGCAGACACGGUCGGCGUGACCCGGCACGGUAACUCGGCCGCGGCGCAUCAGGAGAACUGGGCCAUAUCAAUAAGCGUGUCCCAGUUACCUGGAUUCGUGCGACGGCGAGCGCUGCGGCAGUGGGUAGUGGCGACGCCAGCGAUGUCGGGCAAGUCUUGCACCUCGGGCAGCGUGCGCUCGUGCGGCGGCUCUGUGCGGCUGGGCACGGCGGGCGGGCACGAGGUCGUGCUGGACGCGCUGUACGAGCGCAAGCGCGACAAGAAGAGCGUGCGCGUGCUCACCGUCAUCGUGUACGUGUUCUGCGUGUCGCUGGCUGCCAUCAUGCUCUCGCUCUACUACGUGUUCUUCUGGGAGCCCAAGGACGCGCAGUAUGCGCAACGCAAGGUGUUUCACACUGUAGAGAAGCAAACCAGCACCACACCAAUGCCCACAUGCUUUAUGCCCCUCACCGGAGGAGGCAAUACCACAGUGAAUGGUGAGAUCAUUCAAUCGACACCGGAGAACAUCACCGGUGGCUUUCCCGAGGACAUUGACACCGACAGCAGCGUGGGGCCUACUGUCGACUCGUCUUUACCUGAUACCACAUCUUCGGGACUGCACAAUGGAACCUCAGAGAUGAGCACAUUAAACGUCACUGACAGCAUCACAUGACGAUCACUAAGUCGGAAACUUACGAACUCAGAACGCGAGGAGAUUAGAUAGACUUGUACAAGCGUCAACAACUUACUAGUCAGUACUUAUAGUCACUCUAGUCAAGUAAAUUUUUGGGUAAAACUCGUGCUAUGUAUUAUAACUGACAUCGACUUGUGACCCCUCAGGAUUUGGUGCAGUGACAGUGAACGCCAUUAUGUAAGACGUAGGAUAGGUAUUUAUUAGAUAAUCGUGAUUGAUGGCCAAUAAACGAAGUAACACCACUAGAUUGUAAUGUGUUUAAUAGUUACCGUACAUUGUUACUGGCAGGCAGUUAUUUUGUGUCUGAUUCCUGAUACUAAAGUGUAUAAAAUAUGGAAUGAAACGGUAAUAGUUCUAUAGCUGGGUUAAUGACCUUUAUUCCU